CUGGAAGAAUGGCCAAAUGCAACACUCCUUAUUUGCUUCAUCUCGUCUCCUGAUCCCCAUCUGUCACCUGUGUGCAAACAGUCUUUUCCUUUCCAAAUGCUUAUUGUUUGAACUGCGAGGUGGUGAAUUUCCUCAUCCGGAACCCUAAUAAAAGCAGGACAACAGACACCGAACGAAGCAGAAGACCGAGCGAAGGAAGAGAGACACUGAAAAGGUGAGCCAGCAAAUCCUGGAUUUGCAAAGAUUGACAGAAGUGCAACUGCAGUAUCCGACGGCAAGUGAGGGCUACUACUAACGUCAGAGGCAGCCAUAGGUAAUUUUCAACGGUUGUCCGUGAGGAUGCUGCUGCUUUUUCUGCUUGCGUCCUUGUCUCUCCUCUCAAAGGCGGAAGCAAACGACUGCCAGAGUUGCCUCGAUGGAGUGAAGCAGGAUGUCCUCAAUAUCCUGAUGAAGUGGGACAGUUACUCCUCCUCCUCCUCCUCUUCUCCCAACCCAAUUCCCCGGAGCUGCAAAGACAUCAAGAAUGCCAACCAAGCGGCCAAAGACGGGCUGUACCUCCUGGCCACCGCAAACGGGGAGACCUACCAGACCUUCUGCGACAUGACCACCAACGGAGGAGGCUGGACUUUAGUAGCCAGCAUCCACGAGAACAACAUCAAUGGGAAAUGCUCCGUCGGGGACCGCUGGUCCAGCCAAGAAGGCAGCAAUGCCAACAACCCGGAAGGAGACGGCAACUGGGCCAACCGUGCCACCUUCGGCUCGGCCAUCGGCUCGACGAGCGACGACUACAAGAACCCCGGCUAUUACGAUCUGUCAGCACAGGAUGUGUCCGUCUGGCACGUUCCCAACAGAGCCGCCAUGGAGACGUGGCGUGGCACCUCGCUCUUCCGAUACCACACCGAAACGGGAUUCCUGGCCAAUUACGGAGGGAACCUUUUCAGGCUCUUCCAGAAAUACCCGGUGAAAUACGGCAUUGGGAGCUGCCCGCAAGAUAACGGCCCGGCCGUACCGAUCAUCUUUGACGCUGGAAAUGCUGAAAAGGCCGCCCGUUAUUACUCUCCCAACGGACGUGCGGAGGCCGAGCCUGGCUUCAUCCAUUUCCGAGUCUUCAAUUACGAGAAGGCCGCCAUGGCUUUCUGCUCCGGGAUGAAAGCCAAAGGAUGUCACUCCGAACACACCUGUAUUGGCGGAGGGGGCUUCUUCCCUGAAGGGUCGCCCCGCCAGUGCGGAGACUUUACUGGUUUCGACUGGGACGGCUACGGGACCCACAGUGGAUGGAGCGUCGCCAAGGAGCUCCUCGAGUCCUCCAUCUUGCUCUUCUACCGAUGAUAUGAGUGAAGAAAUGCGGGAAAUCAAGAAGACGCAAAGCUUUUCGAACAAUGUGGGCCUUCCCCUGAGGUGAUUUGGACUCCA